CUUCUCCCAGAACGCGACUCACAACAUCUGAUCUUUUCGACGCUCAUCACCACCCCAUGCAUCACCGCUUCCUGUGAUUCUACUACCACAUUUUUUUCAUUCAUUUCACUUCGACUUAACAGCGCCAGGAAUACCUAUCAGUUCGUCCAAAAUGGGAGACAAUCCUUGUACCGUCGAUGCUCUCAGGAAAGCAUUUACCUCCGUCCUUCCACCAGCACAGGCCGUGCCAAAUCCGGUUUUGCAGGUGCUUCAGAUAAAACCAAUAGCAGCACAGGCCAAUGCACCAGAGCGAUUCCGCGUUGUGUUGUCAGAUUCAACUCAUUUCAUCCAAGCGAUGAUCUCGACACAAACGAAUCAUGUUGUCCAGUCUGGCGAACUGCAGAAGGGCUGCUUCAUUAAGCUCACCAACUACAACGCCCAGAAGGUCAAAGACAAGAAGAUCUUGAUCAUCAUCGAGUUGGAAGUCCUCAAAGCCCACGGCGUUAGGGAAAAAGUUGGUAAUCCAACAGCGCUGGAAGCCGCCACCGCUGGCCAAACCUCAGCACCCGCAGCGUACCAAACCUCGGAAACCCCCGCAUUUCAAGAACCCGCCGCGGCCCCAUCGUUCUAUGGUAAUAAGCCGGCACCUCAGCGAAAUUCUCCGAUCCCUGCCGCAGCUUCUAGGGCAGCAUCCGGUGGUGAUGGUGGAGCUGCGCGUUCCAACAUAUACCCCAUCGAAGCCAUUUCUCCGUACCAGAACAAGUGGACCAUCAAGGCACGCGUGACCAACAAGUCGGACAUCAAGUCAUGGAGCAACAGCAAGAGCGAGGGCAGGCUCUUUACCGUUACUUUCCUCGAUGAAAGUGGCGAGAUCCGUGCCACAGCCUUCAACCAGGAGUGUGAUGCACAUUACGAAGUUUUGCAGGAGGGUCAGGUCUACUUCAUUUCGAAGUGCCGAGUUGUGAUGGCCAAGAAGCAGUUUUCGAACGUCAACAACGAUUAUGAACUCACCUUUGGCCGGGAAACCGAAAUCGAAGUGUGUAACGAUGAUGAUGUGCCGAAGGUUAACUUCAACUUUGUGCCCCUCUCAGAACUCGAGCGUGUCGAGAAAGAUGCAUUCGUCGACGUGCUGGGUGUAGUCAAGGAGGUCGGAGAUAUGGAAGAGAUCACGUCCAAGGCCACCCAGAAGCCAUACUCCAAGCGCGAAAUCUCACUUGUCGACAGCUCCAACACUUGCGUCCGCUGCACCGUGUGGGGAAAGAAUGCUGAGACUUUCGACAUCGCCCCGGACACGGUGAUUGCGUUCAAGGGUGUCAAAGUCAGUGACUUCGGCGGUCGCUCUCUUAGUAUGCUCUACAGUUCGUCGAUGAUGGCGAACCCCGACGUCGAUGAGGCACACAACCUUAAGGGCUGGUAUGACGGCCAGGGCCAGAGAGACCUGUCCACAUACCAGACCCAUGCGGGGCUUUCGACCGUGGGUGCAGCAACGGGACGGAAUGAUCCAUACAAGACGUUGCUCCAGGUGAAGGAAGAGAACAUCGGAAUGAAUGGCCAGGACGGCAAGCCGGAGUACUUCACUACCAAAGCUACCAUCGUCUACAUCAAGCACGAUAACAUAUCGUACCCAGCCUGUCUCAAGCCCGAGUGCAACAAGAAAGUGAUACCGAGGGAUGACGACAGCUGGGGUUGCGAGAAGUGCGGUGUUACACACCCCAGGCCUCAAUACCGUUACAUCAUGACAAUCUCAGUGAACGACGCCUUCGGCCAGGCCUGGCUCAACUGCUUCGAUGAGAUUGGUCGGCUGAUCAUGGGCAAGUCCGCGGACGAGAUGCACGAGCUCAAGGAACGCAGCGAGCAGUCGGGCGACGAGAAAGAGUACGAAGCAUGCUUUGCCGAGGCCAUCUGUAAGACGUUCGUCUUCAGGUGCAGAGCGAAGGAGGACACGUUCCAGGAGAAUUCCAGGAUCAGAUACCAAGUCAUGAGCGCUACUCCGGUAAACUAUGCCCAGGAGGCGGCAAAGAUGGUCGAACAGAUCAAUCUUUACGGCGCGUAGGUAAAAAAAAAGGGUGGGAUUGUGUGAUGGGCGGACAUUGUACGGGUGGGGAUUGUAAUCUACUUCAUCUUGUACUUCAUCUGGUUUCUUCUUCGUGUUCGAUGACCACAUGCUUUACCUAAGCUUUUGCCGAAUAUCUUCUUUAUACAGUCAUGUACAUGACCACAAAUACAUGAAAAGUUGGAGAACUCAACGCGCAUCACACCC